AUGGAAGCAAGAAUGGAGGCUGUAGAGGCAUUCGUACAAAUGAUAAUGCAAAGAGGAUUUCCACAGGGACAACCCCAUCACCCUAAUAAUGAUCAGGAGGAUAAAAUGUUGAGGAUAGACAUGAAGGAAUUUGAUGGACAGUCCAGCAAUCCUGAGGAUUAUAUAGAAUGGGAAGCAAGUAUGGAAAGAUACUUUGAAUAUAGAGGAACUACACCUGAAGGACAGUACAAAGUGGCAAAAAUGAAACUCACUAAACUUGCUGCUAUGUGGUUGGAAGGAAUACAAAGGCAGAGGGCAAGGGAACAUAGGGAAAGAAUUGAUACUUGGGAUAAAUUGAAAAAGCACUUGAACAGGAAGUAUGUUCCCAUCAAUUUCAAGCAUCAAAUGUACAUUAAGUGGAGCACUCUUAGUCAAAAGGGCAGAACUGUGACUGAAUACAUGGAAAAGUUGGUGGUGAUGUGUGAUAUAGAGGAUGCAGAGGACUUGAAACUGACUAAGUUUUUAUCUGGGUUGAGAGAAGACAUUAGGGAUCAACUCAUGACCAUGCCUACACUAGACCUACAAACAGCUUUUAACCUAGCCCCAAUCUAUGAGCAAAACUUCAAUAAGAGAAGGGUGACAGGGAACAACUACAACAGAUCCCCUAAGGCAUACCCACCCAAACAAUCUAGACCUAUAUCACCCAAGGCCCAGAGAAAAACAGAGCAAAACCUCAAUGCCCCUGACAGAAUACCUAUACCCUUGAACAAGGUGGUUUGCUUUAAAUGCCAUGGACAUGGACAUUAUAAAAAGGAUUGCCCCAACAUCAGAGUUUUCACUGCUCAGGAAUGGAGGGAAAUCAAGGAGGAUACCCAACCCAAGAUGAUCUUAGUAGUAAGAAAUGGUAGGGUGGAGGAGGAUUGGCCUCCAGUGGCUGAACAUGAGCCAGAUGGAUCUUACAGAGUUGAUGAAUUUGGCAAAACAGUAAGGUAUGAACAUAGUACUGAUGAAGAAGAGAUUGAGGAAGGAUUGGAGAAGGUUUUACCUGAGGAAGGCUACUACAACCUGAUUAUAAGGAGAAGCCUACACACUACUUAUGCUGAAGAAGAAAACAACCAGAGGGAAAAUAUCUUUCAAACAAAGUGUAAGGUAAAAGACCAAGUCUGUGACAUGAUUAUUGAUGGAGGAAGUGAAUCAAACUGUGUUAGCUUGGCUUUAGUGACAGAUCUGAAUUUGAAAACUAGACCUCAUGCACACCCAUACAAACUGAAAUGGCUGGACAACAAUGCUACUGGUACAGUGAGUAAACAAUGUUUAAUAGGGUUUACUAUUGGAUCAUAUAAGGAUCAAGUGUUGUGUGAUGUGCUAGAUAUGAAUGCUUGCCAUGUACUAUUGGGUAGACCAUGGCAGUAUGACAAGAGGAGCAUGCACAAUGGGUUUACAAACACCUAUAUCAUAAAGCAUGAAGGAAAGCUCAAGGAGUUAGUUCCCCUGCCUCCCCACAGAACUGUUCCCCCUCCUGUAAGGGAACCUGUACAUUUGAUCAGUAGGAAGGUUUGUGAGAGGGAAAUAAAGAAUAAGAAUGAGGUAUAUGUCUUAGUCACUAAGGAAGUAGAGCAAGCAGCAGAAAUACCUCAAGCAGUAAAACCCCUGUUACAGCAGUUCAAGGAUGUGUUCCCUGAUGAGUUGCCUGAAGGCUUGCCUCCUGUAAGGGGAAUUGAACACCAAAUUGACCUUAUACCAGGAGCUCCUUUACCCAAUAAACCAGCUUACAGAGCCAAUCCCACAGAAACCAAGGAACUACAAAGACAAGUUGAGGAGUUACUACACAAGGGAUAUGUAAGGGAGAGCCUCAGUCCAUGUGCAGUGCCCACUCUGCUUGUACCAAAAAAAGAUGGGACUUGGAGGAUGUGCAUAGAUAGCAGAAGUGUUAACAACAUAACCAUCAAAUAUAGGUUUCCCAUACCUAGGAUAGAUGAUAUGUUGGAUGAACUAUCAGGUGCCCACUGGUUCAGCAAGGUUGACUUAAGGAGAGCCCCCAGCACCUUUAUGAGAUUAAUGAAUGAGGUGUUGAGACCUUUUUUGGGAAAAUUCAUAGUAGUCUAUCUUGAUGACAUCUUGAUAUACAGCAGAGGAUUGAAGGAACAUCUUAGUCAUUUGCAGCAACUGUUUGAAACUUUGAGGAAACAGAAAUUAUAUGGGAAAUUGGAAAAAUGCAGUUUCCUUAUGAAGGAAGUGGGAUUUUUGGGAUUCAUUAUAGGUAAAGAUGGGGUGAAGGUUGAUCCAUCCAAGGUAGAGGCUGUGAAGAACUGGCCUGUUCCUACCUCUGUUACCCAAGUGAGAUCUUUCCAUGGCCUUGCUUCUUUUUAUAGGAGGUUCAUUAGAAACUUUAGUACCAUUAUGGCCCCAUAA